UUUUUUGUCUUCUGUCCACAACAACAUUCGCCUCAUUGCAUCCUGCUGCUCUGCUACUUCGAAGAGUAAGUGGAUCCAGUGGGAUGGAAACUUUGGGGUGCUGGUUUGACAGGAAAUAAAAACCAGGUCCGUCUACGAGCAUCACUCGGAAUCCUCGGUAACCAUGGAGACCGAGUUUGGAGAGAGACUAAAUUCAGGUGCCUUCAUCCCCAGCCCUCAGAGUGAAGCUCUGGCCAAUGAGCUUCAAGAGUUGUCCCUGCCGCCUGCCCCCAGUCUACUGAGAGAGAGGAAGGAUGUUCUCCAGCUGAAGUUACAGCAGAGAAGGUCCAGAGAAGAGCUGGUCAACCAGGGGAUCAUGGCGCCCUCCUCCUCAUUCAUAGGGGCUUGGUCAACAAACAAACAUAUUCCAGCCCUGAAAAGUUCAACUGCCUUCCACGAACAAAGACGGAGUUUGGAACGAGCUCGAACUGAGGACUAUCUCAAGAGGAAGAUCAAGACUCGACCGAAGCGAUCUGAACUGAUCAGGAUGCACAUCCUGGAGGAGACUUCAGCAGAGCCGUCGCUUCAGGCCACGCAGCUGCAGCUGAAGAGAGCUCGCAUUGCCGAUGAUUUGAACGAUAAGAUCUCCCACCGGCCGGGGCCCAUGGAGCUGAUCCACAAAAACAUCCUCCCUGUUCACUCCAGCAUUAAGCAGGCCUUCAUAGAGACACGGUUCCCAAAGGAUUUAGGCGGUAACUCAUCAUGUGAUGAAGACAGCAAUUACAGUCUGUCUCCAGCUCAGCCGCUGGGCUUGGAGUCUCCUCUGGGCCUACUGCCUCUGCCCUCUCCACCUGAGACGCUGGCUGGCAGCAGCAUCCCAUCACCCACACAGGUCUCUCUGCCUGCUCUUGCUCUCCAACCCAUCUCUGGAUCCUCCCCCUCAUUCAAGUUGACCAAUGGGAGAGCAGCAUCACCGGCCCAGAGGACAGGAGUGACUUCACAGAUCAAGGCUCAGUCCAAACCAAGCUCUGACCGCUCGUCACAAAGACACAAGAAACCAAAGGACAACAAGCCAAAGAUUAAAAAGCUAAAGUACCAUCAGUACAUCCCUCCUGACCAGAAGGGAGAUAAAGAGCCUCCUCCCCAUCUGGACUCCUCUUAUGCCAAAAUCCUCCAGCAGCAGCAGCUCUUCUUGCAGCUCCAGAUCCUCAGUCAGCAGCAGCAGCACUAUAACUACCACGCCAUCCUGCCUGCACCACCUAAACCUCAGACGGAUCAGCAGCCAUCUUCCUCCUCCAUUUCCACAACUACCUCCUCCCCACCUCGACCCGUCGCUGCCCCUUCAAAAGCUCCUUCAUACCAGGGUGGUCACAUCCGUCAGAGUUCUGCUGAUUUACAUGGGACAAAGCCAGUCUCUUUACCUCCUAACCUGGAUGAAAUGAAGGUCGCAGAACUGAAGUCCGAGUUGAAGCUGCGUAGCUUGCCAGUAUCCGGCACCAAGAACGACCUCAUCGAGAGGCUGAGGACCUACCAGGAUCUGAAUGGAGGCAGUGUCACUACCUCCUCUCCAACAGCAGGGGGUACCACAGGGCCAGGGGCCGAGGGAGCAGGAAAAUCCUCCAAACUUCCUGCUGCAACCACCAACAACACAUCACAACAACGGCAACAGUUCCAGUGCCAUCAGACAUCUUCUCUGACCACUGAUGCAGUUGAUCAGAAGCUCAUGACCUGUAGUGGCACUGCGUCCCCACCGACUGCCUCACUCACACACUCUGACUGCUCGCUGGGCGCCAUGAGCCCAGAAGAUACCAUCUAUGGCAGCAACCCCUUUGAGGAAAUGAUGAGUUCACAUAUCACCCAGGUGAGCCUUCAGCCAUGUUCAGCUGCUCAGCUUGCAACCAGCAUUAAAGAAGAGCCAAAGUGCUCCACCCUAGCACCAUGUCAAUACUCUUUGAAGCAGGCCUCUCUGCAGAAACACUGCCUGGUCUCAUCAAUGGCCCUUACCACUACAACAACAGCACCAGUGGUGACUAUGGACAAGGACAGGAUGCUGCAGGAGAAAGACAAGCAGAUAAAGGAGUUGACCAGGAAGCUGAUGCAGAAACAGAGGCUGGUGGAGGUGCUGAGGAUGCAGCUGGAGCAUGAGAACCGAGAAGGACCGGAGCCGCUGGUUCUAGUAAGAGUUAAACAGGAACCUCCUGAUAUGCCCAGUGUCCCUCUCUCAUUUUGCCAUCCAGCAUUAUCACCGCCACCAUCAUCCGAUUCAUGUGAGAUGGACGUUAUCAAGGUUACUGUCAAACAGGAAGCCAUCGAGGCAGAGGAAGUCGCGUGUGAGACAACAUUACACUUACCAAAAAUUCAUGGAUUACCGCAAACUCAGGUUGCCCAGGAGCAGGUUCAGCUCCAGAACAAGCCGGAGCAGAUGAGCACACAGCCAAAGCAACAUGUAUGCCUGCAGCAAACCGCUCUGCAGCUGGCCCAGCAACAGGCCAUACACAAACUUCUGCUACAGCAGCAACGCAGCUUUCAGAACGAGCAAGUCAUUCAGGACCACAGUCAGACGCCGGAGAACCUGCAUAAACUUUCCCAGCAGAGAAAGAAGAAGUCUCACAAACAGCAUCUCAAACAGCUCCAGCUGCAGCAGCAACUGUUGCAGUCACAGCAACAGCAACAUCACCAGCAGAUGCAGCUGAAGCAACAGAUUCUACUGAAGCAGCAGAAGUCGUUUUUACAGCAGCAGCAGCAGACCAAACAGCUGCAACAAAUCCAGAUACAGACAAAGAUACAUCUGAAGCAGCAACAGGUGCUAAUACAGCAGAAACAACAGGCGCAGCAGCAGACACCACAGGUGUCUCAAGCGUCCUUCAACCAGCAGUCAGAAUCGGCCCCUUCUUUCCCACUGGAUCUCCUCAAGGGCAACUCCACCCCGACUCUGGUCACUGAUAGCAACGGCAACCACUUCCUGGUUGCACUGACCAGUCACAUCACUGAGGACCAAGGGACUAAUGCACCUGGGAGCAAAGCAACCAAUCAAAUCGCACUGCAGCGACUACAGUCUUCUCCAGCCAGGCUCCCUGACCACGACCAUGUUAAUCAAAACAAACAGAGUAUGAAUGAGGGAUUUUUAAAACAAGAGACAAAUCCACAGAACGGGGGACUUCAGUUAUCUUUAGACCAUCCUCAGCAGGACGUUGCUCUAAGUUUGUCAGCACCUCCCAGUCUGCAGCCUUUCUUCAAGGACCAGGAGACUGCCCCAUCAGGAAAAACUACCUCUUCACCAUCCUCUCAAAAUGGUCUGUGUCCUAGUCUGGAUGUCUUGUUUGGUCCUCCGUCUCCGGCUUCCAACAAGACAGCUGCCUCAUCGCCUAAUGACAAAGUACGACACAAGGAUACAGAGCAUGAGGAGGAUUUUAUUGACACCAUUUUGCAGACGGGAGAAAUGUCGACCACUUUCAACCCAGCACCGGACCCUUCUCUGGACUGUCUAAAUCCACACUCCCCUUCCUCUUCUCCUCACGCCUCUCCAUUCCAGAUGUUGCUAUCCCCUCCCAUCCCUCCUUUUUGUGACCCCCAACAGUCGGCCUCCUCGCUGCAGUCUGAUCUCCAGACUCUGGCCAACACUGUAGACGAGAAACAACACUUCAGUAGCGCAGAGAGUGGACGCCUGGAGGACUUUCUGGAGAGCACCACCGGUAAGCCUCUGCUGGGGGUUGAGCCUGGAGGCCUGUUGACAUUGAUUGAUGACCUCCACAGUCAACUACUGUGCACCAGCAGCAUCCUUGACCACCCUUUGUCUCCCAUGGAUACCUUCGACCUGGCAACGGAGGGGGAGAAUGGGUUGGACAGUAUGGAUUGGUUGGACCUCACCAUGGGAGGAGAGAGAGAAGAAGAAGAAACCUCCACGCUGACCCCACUGGGCCCCCAAACGCCCCUUAGUGUCUUUUCCACAGACUUCCUGGACAGCUCCAACCUGAUACACUGGGACUCCUGCUUAUAGCCUAAAGCAUUCGAAAAACAAAUACAGGGCUCAGGUGCACUCACUUGCAUGCAAAAAAAAACAACAUGUAAUUUAUGGCUGAGGCUUAAGUAUCUGAUUAGAGCACUCAUUCUGUGUCUUCUCACAUACUGGUGUAUUGAAUCCUCAAGCACUUUGACCUUUAUUUAUUUUAUUUACACACUGGUGUAUUGAUUUGUGUGCAGACACUUAUUAAGCAGGUCCUUUAUCUGUUCUCGCUGCUUUAGCAACAGUUCUGAAAACACAUUAGAGGGACUGCUGUGGAUUUGGACCCGAUAAUUGACGAGACACUUUUUUACUGGGCCAUGAUCCCGUUGCUCACAUGUCAAUGAAUCCCAUCUUUUCUAGACACCAUCUUACAGUGAAUGCAUCAGUUUGACCUUUGUCUAAUCCGGAGGGCAAAUCCUUAAUUGCCUUUUUAUAGUAAAGAUAAUCAAUAGUUUACCACUACAGCCAAUCAAUAACCAAAGUUUAGGUGACGACAAUGAUUUUCUAGCAACGUGAUAGUUAAAAGGAAGGAGUAAAGAGUUUUCAGACGAGCUCUAAUGCUAUAAUUUCAAAAGAUGUUGUGAUUCUGUAUCUCGUCUUUUUCCUGUCAGUUUUUGAUGCAUUUUGACAGUUACAGUAUCCGUAUUUCAGACUUUAUGUUGGUUCAUGUGCAGGAUACAGCAUUGAACGUGUUACUAUAGUUUGCAUUAUAUGUAGUAUUAAAGAAACGGACAUUACAUACAUACAGCAACUGCUGCUCUGAAACUUUUCAUUCAUUCAUUUAUAUUGACUCCAGUGAAAGUUAAAGUUAGUUCAAGGAGCUUAUAUAUUGUGUUGAUAUGGUGGCCCCUGUGGACAAAAGGGAUAGUGUUUCAGAGUACCACGCCUCAUGCCACUGAGCGCCUUGUGUCAUAGAGAUCUGAAGCUGCCAUGCUCCCUUUAGAAAACUAAUUUUACUGCAGCAGUGUCUGCAGCCAAUCAAGCUGCAGCACAGGCGACUACAACCAGGAAAUGCUUAAACAAGACUUUAAUUUAUCUUUUACAAGAUAAUAAUUGUUUUGUAGUUUAUAAUCUAUCAAGAUAAAAAAAAUAAAAAAUUCAGCCAGUUAUUUUUGUACAGCUGCAUUUAGAGCAGGAGUAACGGGACCUGUAUUUUAUCCAGAAUCUACUUUUUGAAUAGAAUAAAUACACUGUUAAAGAAAAAAAAAAUCCCCUCAUUGAUUUUUGUCCUUAUCUCAGGAAACAGUUUUCCACUGUUGCUUUUUCGUAAAUAAAUGAGCCUUCUGGAGACAAAUAAAAUUAGACUGUUUCACAUUAAUUUAAAAGUUCCUGGUAGUAACUUUAAUUGCUGAUUACAUUAUUAUAUCUAUCUAUUGUUUUUACAAUUCGAUGGUGGUUUCAUUGUGCUAUGUGUUUCUUUAAAAAAGUAAAACCUACUGAAGGAAAAUGAAGAUAUUUUAACUCAAAAAUCUUAAAGACUUAAUCUAAAUAAACAAGAAAACAAAGUUAAAACUAUGAGAUAGUUAAUGGUUCCCCACAGCUGCAGUGUUAAAGUACAGUGACAAUACAAAAUAGAUUAUCCAUUUUAGAUUCCUGCAGAUAAUGAUAACAAAAUAAUGGUAAAAUGUUAAAUUUGAGAUUGAUAUUUAAAAUGUGUCCACAUUCAAAAUGUUUUUUCAUUGCACUAUUUUUUUUUAUUUGACAUAAUGCAACUUUUAAGAUUAAUGAAUGUCUUGGGUUUGAAAUCUUCUGAAUGUAAAUAUGUAAGUAAUGUAUCCUACAUGAACUACACAGCUUGAUUAGAGCUCUACACUUGUGCUGACAAUGCUCCAUGUCUACAUGCAGGAUGUACAGUAACAGGUUUUUGUGGUAAAUGUGGACACUUUGGUCUUAAUAACUGCCAUACUGUAGUUUCACUACCUUUCUGUUGGCACUUGUUUUUUUUUGUGUCUACACACCCAUAAUUAAAGGAAAGGAUAAUUCCUGCAGUUUAACAGAUUCACAAAGGCCUUCUCCAUUAGCAUUUUUAAAGAUAUUUGGUUGUUGCUCUCAAUGGUGAUAUGUGGUUAUCCUGUACUGUAUCAGUACUUUUGCCAAUGGGGAUUUAUUUUUGUCCUUUUUCUCUUUGAGAUAUUACAAUGGUGUAAUAUACCAGUUUAGACACUUCAAUUAUAAUAAGAUGGAUUUAAUUGUCUUUUUAUUUUUCAGCUAUUCUCUGUGGAGCACUCUGGUAAUGCAGCAAAGUGUCUGUAUUGUGAAUCUAAAACCUCUCUUGAGAAAACCUUGGAGACGUACUGCAAAAAACCCCACAAGUUUAUUUUGAUUCACACCAUCUUUGGAAUUAAUCAUUUUAUACUUUUGUGUUUUUUGGGGUUUCAUUAAUUGUCCAAUACAACCUCCUUGAUUUUCUGACUUUGGUCUUACAGUCCACCUGUUUAAAGGAUAGGUCAGUCUUAAAACAAUAAUCUGGUGAAACAGGUUUUUUUGUUGUGAUCAGUCCCCCUGGUCCAACUGGCCACUAAGAGAUCCCUUAGUAAUGCUUUAGAAACUGUGAACCCCAGCCUAAACCUAAGCCAUAUAAAAAAAAAAAACUGUUAUGUGGUACAAAUGCAACAAAAACUGAUGUUUUGUUGAUAAUAUAAAUAAUGCUUUAAUGGAGUUUCCAGUAAAUAGUCGGAUAGAAUAUGCCAGACCGCGGCUAAAUACUGCAAACUCAAUUAUUUCAUAUAGUUAUAAUUACAUGCGUGAUUCACUCACCUCUUAUGUGUUUUUUUUGUUCCUUUGAAGGAAUUUAAGUGCCUUGCAUGAUGUAGCAAACACAACUUUGUCUACUGUAUUUUUCCUGUUAGUGUUGAGCCACUAAAUGGAAAUGAUUGUGACAUUUUGGGGGAAAUUGUUUGAGCUUUUUGUGUACUUUAAUUACAUUUUUUUUCUAAAACAAAAAGGGAAUUUGUUAA